AAGUAAUAUUAUAAAAUGGAACAACUUAUAAAUGUGAGCUGCAUUAAGAAGGAGUACACGGAAGCUAACAAUGAAGAUAAAUACAAUGUUAACAAGCAUUGGAAUGCCAGCAAAGUAAAUACAGCAACGAAUGUGGACAUGGAAAAAGUAACAGUAAAUGAAUUGGACAUAGGACCCAUAAAAAUAGAGCCGGGUGUUAGCAGAGAGAUAAAGAUGGAAUGUGAAGAAGCACAACCGAAGCUGGAGUCGACAGAGAAAGCUGUAAGCGGCGAGUCCGACUCGCAGCGGGCACGAGCCUCACAUCGAUUGCCUGCCGUAACCAAAUCAAAUAAUCGCCGCAUUAUUGUGCGUGAGCUCCAUCAACGUCUGCUGAAACUCGACAUGGCCGUUAAACCCAACAACAGAUCAGCUGCUGAUCCACGUUCGUUAGCUCCACCUAAAUCCAGCGCACAGCGCAUGCGGGAAAUGCGACAACGCCGCAGGAAAGCCGACAGUGCAACUCAUCCGCCGAAUAGACAGCGCAUGCAGGAUCUGCGUCAGCGUCUUAUGAAUUUGGAGCAGCCUAUCAAGCUGCGCGCCUUUAAAACAAGUAGCCAAAGGAGCCGUGAGCCCCAUUCGCGUCUGCUGCAACCGGAAAAUGUCCAGAAGCCUGUCCAGACCGAAAACAAAUCAAGCGAGACAAGAACUCCGCCCAAAUCAAGUGCUCAGCGCAUGCGUGAGCUGCGUCAGCGUCGUCGGGAUCUUCAGAAUGACAAUAACCCUGCCGCGCAAAAAAGUAACACCACGAACUCGCGUCCACAGACGCCACCUGAUCUGAGCGUAAAGCGAAUGCGUGACUUUCGACGGCGUCUUCUGGAACUGGACAAAUCUCACAAAGGCAAACACAGCGAGAUCAUGAGAAAAACUGAUGAAGUUCGAAUAUGCUGACUAAUGCAAAAGUUUCAAUAUUGUUAGACAAUUUUAUAGACGCUUUUGUGAUAUUUGAAUACAAGUACUGAGAAAUGCCAGGUAGCCAUUGAAGAGUACUUCAUCUAAUAGGUUAUUCCAAUGCAAUUACAAUUUUCUUAAAAUAUGUUUUAUACUUGUCGCAUAUGUUUGUGUCCCUUGUAGAGGGCCUACAAAUUUCUGCCAAAAUACUCCUGAUAAUCAUGGAUAUAGCUUAUUUUGGCGAAAAUAUUAUAUGGGCAAAACCUUAUUAAUAUGGCACAGAAUG